CAUUUUUAUGGCAAGAGAAAAUAAAAGAAGAGACACCCCCAUAAGCAUAAAAGAAGCUGACAGAUGAACACAACAAACUGAAAAAACCAGUCUUCAUAGAUCGAACAAAACUAUAGUGAAGUACAACGUAAUCCCCUCAAAAUGGGAACCGUUUUAGACUCCCAGUUUCUAGCACUCACUGCCAUCGUCACUGUGGGAUACCAACUGCUGUUUUUUGUUAUCACUGCCCUUCUGAAGUUUGAUAAAGUCACUGACUUUGCCGGAAGCACAAAUUUUAUUAUACUAGCUGUGUUGACUCUGGUUUUGAAAGGGACAUGGCAUUUCAGACAGGUAGUCUUGAGUUUCCUUGUAGUAUCUUGGGGUCUUCGCCUGGGAGUGUUCCUAUUACUGAGGAUUCUGCAGUGGGGGGAGGAUAGACGUUUUGAUGAAAUGCGUAGUAACUUGGGGAAAUUAGCUGUUUUCUGGAUAUUUCAGGCUGUCUGGGUGUGGACUGUGAGUUUACCUGUAACAGUGGUUAAUGGAAUUGACAGGGAUCCUUCCGUUCAGGCUGCAGACAUAAUUGGCUGGAUUAUGUGGUCUGUUGGUGUUUCAGUUGAAGCUACAGCUGAUCAACAAAAACUGACAUUCAAGAAUGCUCCAGAAAACAGAGGGAAAUGGUGUGAUGUUGGAUUAUGGAAUAUAUCUCGUCACCCAAACUAUUUUGGCGAGAUUCUCCUCUGGUGGGGUAUUUUUGUGGCUUCUGCACCUGUACUGGAAGGUGCUGAGUGGCUGGUGAUCCUUGGGCCAAUCUUUCUCACAUUGUUGCUUCUUUUUGUCAGUGGCAUACCAUUGCUUGAGAAAUCUGCUGACAAGAAAUUUGGCAACGUGGCUGCAUACAGGGCGUAUAAAAGGACAACCAGCCCUCUAAUUCCACUGCCCCAAGCAGUGUACAGGAGCUUACCUUCAUGGUUCAAAUCUGUUUUCCUCUUUGAAUUUCCUCUCUACAGUCGUAAUUUUCCAGAAGAGGGGUCAACAUGGAAUAGAACAAGACAAGGUGGAGGCAGCGAUGGAUCGAAGAUUGGCUAGAAGUUCAACGGGGAAUUUGCCCUGUUUUGGUAACUUUAAUGUACUAGGAAUGGUUAUAGCUGUUAAGCUACAUAUACGCCAUGCUCUUUCUAUUACUAGCUGUCGGUUGAUUUUCUUUCUGCUGCCUGAAA